AUGUGGAAUACAAGUCGGGAUGUCGAGAAUGCCAGCUACAUCGAUCUCGCCGAGGCGCUGGUGAAUUACGGAUUGGAAAGUGAGCAAGAAAUACCCCAUUGGUUGAUAUUUGAAUAUGAGUGCGGCUAUCCGGUCUCACCCCAACAGACAGUGCAGUUGAACUGUACGAGUGCAGACAGCCACCUGUCUAGUUUUGGAUGA